AUGUUCCUUGUACUAAAAGCAUACUGUAGAAGUCGAGCCAUACUGAACGUCGGCUCUUAUCAGAGGAGCCGAAAAGAAUAUCAAGUUGAGGAAAAUGAGAACUUCUACACGAGUUCGCAGGGUUUCCAGAAGUUGAGAACACGGACAAGAUCGACUCAGAAUUCUGUCAGGCAGGAGCGAAGGUCUAACUUUGAUAGCGGAAAAAGACUUCAAGAUUUAUGGCUCAGGAUAAUUUACCCAAACAUGCUUCUUCGUUCACGUAUUUUAGAUCACUUGCCGAGAAAAUCUUGAGAAGAUGUUCUGAGGUAUCUGAGCUUCUCUAGUUUUCCCGAUAAGACUGGUGCUGAGAAGAGACGAAUCUAGGAACCCACAGCGGUCGCGUCCUCAGGCUACCUACUUGAUAAAUCCUAAUAAUGAUAAAGGUGUCCUCAAUCUAGGAGCUCUAAAAUAUGUCUAUGGCAGCUUUCGGAGCGGUUGCACUCGUUGUAGGUGGGGGCAUCUACAUGUACAUCUCCGAAAGCGCAAACCAAGAAGUUGAUGAUCUUUAGAUUAACGCGAGAUCGACUCGAAAAUCUGAAGUAAAAACAGAUAGCGUGAAUAAAGUCUUGGGAGUACUGGAUAAGAGUUGUGAGUAAAAGCUUGAUAGACUAGUCUUCCUUACCAGAUAUCAGAGACGAUAUCCUACUGCUUUUCGUCGGCAAGUAAAUAUGAUACAGGAAGACAUAUUGAUCGCAAUAGUCCUAGAGUAGCUUUAUUAUAGUUCUAAGUUGUCGCACUUAUGGGUAAGUAAAAGUGGCUAGAGCAACGCACUCUCUUAGGCUCUACUCGUUACUCACUUACCGACUUUCUGUCUUCAACCUUCGACUUCAAAUCUUUCUCCUCAACACACCAAACAACUCGUAGAUCGAUCAUUUCACGCACAGUUCAAUUCGGAUUUGUCGAAUGAUCGAUCUCGAGCGUCUCGAUUUUCGAAUUCAAAUUUAUAGAUCGUGGAAUUCUUGGCUUCUCGUUUCUCUACCACACCAACAGACAUAGGACCCUUCCAGAGUGUGUCGCCUAUCUCAUACAAUUGACCACUUACCCUAACCAAGAACAGACACAGCAGCACUUCACUUCGAGGAGAAGCGAUCGAUUUGUCGCCAACAGGAAUCUGGCUAACAGUGAAGAUCAUCUUAAUUUCACUUGAUAAAGGCAGAUAUCGCUUCCACGUACUGGGAGUGACAAUUUCAUUACUUAGGAGUAACAAGUAUAUUCGAAGAUACGACCACAAGGUGUUAGAGCAGCAGGUGGCUUCACUAGUUACAUAUUUACAAGUCAGAAGGUAAAUCUGACAAUCUGCUUUCUUUGCCAAGUUAGAUCUUUACAUCAAGUUUCAACCACGGGAUAGAGGACCUACAGAUCCAUGCAUUGGAAGCCUAACAUUUUUGCAUGUUGUGAUGAGGCAGAAUGAAAUACAAAAAGUGCAUGGAAGAGGCGAUGAAUAUUGUUACCUCUUAGGCCUUGACAGGCUCUCUUCACCUUCAGACUCCAAACUAAUCAAAGUGUCGUACAUACCCCACGAUUGGGUACACUACUACUACUACUACUACUACUACUGGGCAUUUCCAUUUCAAAGUGUUGAGAGUCUCUGCCUCUAAGAGCUUUAGAAGGCUUUGGAAUGUUGUGAU